AUGCCAGCCGACAUCCGCAGCUUCUUCGGCGGCGGCGCAGGAGGGGCGAAGCCUGCCGCUCCCAAGGCUCCUACAGAGCCCGAGAAGAAGGCACGAGGUCGAAAGGUCAUCUCAGACGAUGAAGAGGAGGAAGUGAUCAAACCCAAGAAAGCAUCCACACCUGCCAAAAAGGCCACUGCGAAGCCCAAGGUUGAAGAGACUACAAGCUCCGCCUAUUUCGCCUCCAACAAGUCCAAGUCGACAAGCCAGUCAACUCCCGUAAAGAAGUCCACUUCUUCCACGAAGACCACCCCAGGCAAAGCCACCAACGGUGCCACCCCAUCUAGCGGCCGGAGAUCUGCGAGGACGACCGGCAAGAAAAGCUAUACCGAGUACGACGAUGACGCCGCCAUGGUGCUCGAUGACAAGACUGGCGACGAUGACAUCUUCGCUGAGAACUUCAAGGGCAGGAAAGCCAAUGACGAUUACGAUGAAGGCUCAGAUGAAGAGAAUGUCGUAAAAUCCAUCGGCAAGCGUAAUGGCAGCAAGCGCAACGGCGUAAAGGAUGAAUCUGAUGAUGACGAUCUUGAGAUGGCUGAGAUCAACGGCACCGAUGGCGGCAGCGAUACGAAGCGCAAGACCACCAAUGCACGCAAGCGCAAAUCGAAAGAAGCCACUGAAGACGGGGAAGACUUCGAAGAAGAUCAGACGCCCAGGAAGAAAGCUAAGAAGUCGACUGCGAAAGCUGCGCCGAGGAAGCCGAGAGCGAAGAAAGAGCCACAGGAAGAAGACAAAGAAGUUCAGGAACUAAUGGACUCCAUCCCGACUAUCCGAGCGCCGACACCCCCUCCGCGCGAUCCAGAUAGUAAAUGGACCUUUGCGCAGGGCGGUGGCAACGCUAAUGUUCAACCGGCUGGUGCUGGCAUGAAAGAGAUUCCUGAAGGCGCUGAUGAUUGCCUCAUCGGCUUGACGUUCGUCUUUACUGGUGUUUUGGAAACCUUAGGUCGCGAAGAAGGUCAAAGUCUUGUCAAACGCUACGGCGGCAAAGUCACCAGCGGUCCUUCCUCCAAGACGAGCUUCGUGGUGCUCGGUAGUGAUGCUGGGCCCAAAAAACUGGAAACUAUUCAGAAGUUCGGCAUCAAGACCAUCAAUGAAGACGGUUUGUUCGAAUUGAUUAGACGCCGACCUGCAGGUGGCGGGACUGCCUCUGGUGCCGAGGCUGCUCAGAAGAAACGUGCCGAGCAGGACGCCAAAGUCAAGAAAGAUGCCGAGGAGAUAGAGCGCAGAGAAAAGGAGCGCGAGAAGGAAGAAGCCAGAGUCGCCAAGAUCAAAGCCCAGCGCACCGGUGCUCCUGCGAAGCAGGAUGGUCCCAAGAUUGACGACCGCCUCUGGGUGGACAAGUACGCCCCAGACACGCUCCAGCAUAUCUGUGGUAAUAAGGCUACGGUUGAAAGGCUACAGAAAUGGCUUCAAGGGUGGCGCCGGAAUGCGAAGUUCAAUUUCAAGAAGGCUGGUCCAGACGGUGAUGGUAUCAGACGGGCUGCCAUGCUGUUCGGCCCACCAGGUGUUGGUAAAACAACUGCUGCUCACCUCAUCGCCAAGCUUGAAGGCUACGACGUUGUCGAGACCAAUGCAAGCGAUACACGAAGCAAGAAGUUGAUGGAAGCGGCUUUGAAAGGCGUUCUCGACACCAAAUCAAUCAUGGGGUACUUCGCUGGGGAAGGCAAGGAGGUCGACGAGAAGAAGCAGAAUCUGGUUAUGAUUAUGGACGAGGUUGAUGGUAUGUCGGCCGGUGACCGUGGUGGCGUUGGCGCACUUGCUGCUGUUGCGAAGAAAACCAACAUUCCACUCAUCCUCAUCUGCAACGAACGCAAGCUCCCCAAGAUGAAGCCAUUCGACAAUGUUGUCGCUGAGAUAGGGUUUCGGCGUCCGACUACUGAUCAAAUUCGCAGCCGAAUCAUGAGCAUCUGCUUCCGUGAAGGAUUCAAGCUGCCAGCUCCUGUCCUCAAUGCCAUUAUUGAAGGCGCUAAUGCAGACAUCCGGCGAAUCAUCAACAUGCUCUCCACCAUCAAAGUUGAUGCCCACGACAAAGACCUCACAUAUGACGACACCAAGGCUAUGCACAAAGCGUGGGAAAAACAUGUCAUCUUGAAGCCCUGGGACAUUGUCAGCAAGAUUAUGCGCCCUCAGAUGUUUGCUGAGAGUGGAGGUGCAACUCUUAACGAAAAGACCGAGCUCUAUUUCAACGACCACGAAUUCAGCUCGUUGAUGCUGCAGGAGAACUACCUCAAAUCUCAACCCUCCCGCAUUGGCAACUACGGUGGUAAAGAACGCAACCUCAAAUGGCUUGAGCUCGCAGACAACGCCGCUUCUAGCAUCAGCGACGGAGACCUUGUCGACCGCAUGAUUCACGGCUCUCAACAGCAAUGGUCACUCAUGCCCCUGCACGCCAUCUUUAGCUUCGUCCGUCCAGCUUCCUAUGUGUACGGCAACUUCAACACGCAGGUUGGCUUUGCGGGCUGGUUGGGCCAGAACAGCAAGCAAGGCAAGCUGUCCCGCUUCGUCAAGGAAAUUCAGGGUCAUAUGCGCCUCAGAACUGCGGCUGACCGCAAUGAGAUUCGUCAGCAGUACUUACCAGCCCUUUGGCACUCUACCGUUGGCAGACUACUCAAAGUCGGCAAAGAUGCGGUGCCUGACAUGAUCGACUUCAUGGAUUCCUACUACCUCACCAAGGAUGACUACGAUGCCAUCAUCGAGCUCGGCGUUGGGCCUAUGCAAGGUGAGGGCGACGAAUCCGUCCUCAAGAACAUGGAAUCCGCGACAAAAGCUACCUUCACCCGCAUGUACAACCAACAGAGCCAUCCGAUGCCCUUUGUGAAAGCGAGCACCGUGGGAGGCGUGAGCAAAGCCGCUGGUAUGAAGCGUGAGAAGCCCGAUCUUGAAGAGGCGAUUGAGGAUGAGGACGAGGCUCUGGAGGAGGUCGUCGAUGAUGCAGACGAGGACGACGCCGAGAUCGAUCUCAAGAAGGACAAGUACAUUAAAGCCCCCAAGAAGAAGGGCGCUGCCAAGGGUGGUGCGAAGAGGAAGAAGGCCGCUGCUGCGGAUGAAGAUGAUGACGUCGACGACGAAGACGUUAAGCCCGCGAAGAAGGGGCGUGGCGGCGGCGCAGCGGGGAGAGGUAGAGGUAGAGGACGUGGACGGUAG